AUGGCCGGAGAUAACGUUGAUCCUCAGGCUAGUGGCGGUUUAACGAGUUCCGGUGGAACUCAAAGUAGCGGCGGUGCUGCACUUGCUCCGGUUGGAGAAACUCACUCGAUCUCGCCAUACACCUUGGCGGCGUCUGAUAAUCCGGGCGCGUUAAUAACCUCCGUUCUUCUGAAUGGAGAGAAUUACAACGAGUGGGCUUCAGAGUUACUUAACGCGUUGCAAGCGAAACGCAAAACAGGCUUCGUUCAUGGCGUGAUCCCCAAGCCUGCGAGUGGUAGUGCGGACAUGGAGAAUUGGUUAACAGUGAACUCCAUGAUUGUUGGAUGGAUUCGGGCUUCGAUCGAACCUAAAGUUAGGUCGACGGUGUCGUACAUCUCCAAUGCUCACCUCCUGUGGACGGAGCUCAAGAAGAGAUUCUCGGUGGGAAACAAAGUUCGAGUUCAUCAGAUUAAGAGCCAACUUGCUUCGUGUAGGCAGGAUGGACAAACUGUUCUGGAGUAUUAUGGUCGUCUUUCUUCGUUAUGGGAAGAAUUGCAGACUUAUCAACCUGUAAUCUCGUGUUCGUGUGGUGCUGCCUCGGCUUUUGCAAAAGAAAAAGAGGAAGAGAAGAUACACCAGUUUGUCAUGGGUUUAGAUGACUCUCGGUUUGGUGGUCUAUGCACCGGGAUCGUCGCGUCAGACCCGUUACCAACUAUUGGCGAAAUCUAUGCCAAAGUUGUCCGUGAAGAACAGAGGUUGAACACAACUCGCCUCCGUGAACAGCAACAAGAGGCGGUGGGAUUCUCGACUCGUCGCGAGGAUCUCUCAAGCUCUGUUCGUCGUGAAUCCGACUCUCGUUCUGAGUCUCCAUCUUCCUCCUCAGUUCGUAACCGGAACUCUAUUUGUAGUCACUGCGGUCGUUCUGGUCACGAGAAGAAAGAGUGUUGGCAACUUGUUGGCUUCCCGGACUGGUGGAUCGAACGCAACAAUUCUGGUUCAGGUCGAGGUGGUCGUGGAAGAGGUGGUCGUGGUGCCGGUAUCAACAAUGGAGGCCGUGGUCGUGGUCAAGCUAACGCUGCUCAUGCCACAAGCUCUAAUGCUUCUUUCCUUCCUGAGUUCACUCCGGAUCAAUGGAAAGCCCUCUCUAAACUGAUUCAGGAGAAAUCCGGUGAAUCAAACUCUGACAAGUUGUCUGGUAAGAAAGGUUAUGGUGAUGUUAUACUUGAUACAGGCGCUUCGCAUCACAUGACAGGAAAUCUCUCGUUGUUACACAACCUCGAGACGAUCCUUCCUUGUUCUAUUGGCUUCGCUGAUGGUGGAAAAACAGUCUCUCUUCGUAAAGGAGUGUUGACUCUUUCUUCCACACUCACCCUGCCUAAUGUUCUCUUUGUGCAAGAUCUCAAUUGCACUUUAAUCUCUGUGUCAAAGCUACUUAAACAAACCGGUGGUGUAGCUAUGUUUACUGAUACCCUUUGCGUGUUGCAGGACCGUUUUUCGAGGAUUCUGAUUGGAGCCGGUGAGGAACGUGAUGGGGUCUACUACUUCAAGGAUGUUAUGGCUGCACGGAUUCAUAGAGCAGUUGCGGAUUCGGAUUCUACUCUGUGGCACCAACGGCUAGAGCAUCCAUCGUUUUCUGUGUUUUCUUCUUUACCUCAGUUUUCUGGUGUUUCAAAGCCUGUUUGCUCGGGUCCUUGUGAUGUGUGUUUUCGAGCAAAACAGACUAGAGAAGUGUUUUCUGAUAGUAUUAAUAAAACAACAGAUUGUUUUCAACUUAUUCAUGUUGAUGUAUGGGGUCCAUACCGUGUUCCUUCUUCUACUGGUGCUGUUUACUUUUUGACCAUUGUGGAUGAUUAUUCUCGAGCAGUUUGGACGUUUCUUCUACUUGAGAAAUCUGAAGUCAGUAAGGUGUUAAAGAAUUUUUUUGUCUAUGCCGAGAAACAAUUUGGCAAGACAGUGAAGAUGGUGAGGAGUGACAAUGGCACUGAGUUUAUGUGUCUCUCAUCAUAUUUUCGAGAAAAAGGUGUUGUUCACCAAACUUCUUGUGUGGGAACUCCACAGCAGAACGGUCGUGUCGAACGUAAGCACCGUCAUAUUCUCAAUGUGGCGAGAGCUUUACUUUUUCAAGGGAAUCUUCCUAUCAAGUUUUGGGGAGAGGCAGUGCUUACGGCGGCAUAUCUCAUUAAUAGAACACCGUCUGCCAUUCAUCUUGGGCGCUCUCCAUACGAGUUGUUACAUGGUCAUAAGCCGUCUUAUGAUCAGCUACGUGUUUUCGGGAGCGAGUGUUAUACUCAUAGAGUCACUCGUGACAAAGACAAGUUCAGUCAGAGAAGUCGUCGUUGUGUGUUCCUUGGUUAUCCAGUUGGGAAAAAGGCAUGGAAAGUCUACGAUAUUGAGAGAGAAGAGUUUAUAGUUUCUCGGGAUGUGGUGUUUAAGGAAACGGUCUUUCCUUACCUCCUUACCACAAUUUUCUCCUUCCUACCUCCACAAGAACCUGUGGCAGAAAUACCACAAGAACCUGAGACAGUAAAUCCACAAGAACCUGUCUCAGCAAAUCCACAAGAACCUGCCUCAGCCACUGUCACAGCUGCUCCCACUCAAGGCUUUGGUAGCGUUGACAACACGACGGGUUUGCCCUUUGAGGCCUCUGAUCCUCCCUUAGGUCGUGGUUUACGUCAACGUUCUGAAUCUGUGAAACUGCAUGAUUACAUCACGUACAACGUCGUCUGCAGUCAAGACCCCCAUCACGCUCCUCCUGACCCCACAUCUACGUCAUCGUCGGUCCAAGGUACAUCCCUUUACCCUUUAUCUCACUACAUUUCCGAUGAGUCUUUCUCUCCAGAGCAGCGUGCAUUUUUUGCUGCCAUAACAGCUGGUGAGGAACCCAAGCAUUUCAAAGAUGCUGUUCGGAUGAAAGUUUGGAAUAAUGCUAUGGGUACUGAGGUCGAUGCACUUGAGCAGAAACGCACAUGGGAUAUCUGUGAUCUCCCUCCUGGUAAAGAAGCUCUCGAAUGUCUUUGGGUUUACAAGACUAAGUAUAAGUCCGAUGGCACGAUCGAAAGGUACAAAGCAAGGCUUGUUGUACAAGGUAACCAUCAGGUCGAAGGUGAGGACUAUGAUGAGACGUUUGCUCCGGUUGUCAAAAUGAACACCGUUCGUUCAGUUCUUCGUCUUGUUGCGGCUAAGAAUUGGGAAGUUUAUCAAAUGGAUGUUAAUAACGCUUUUCUUCAUGGUGAUCUUGAAGAAGAAGUUUAUAUGAAACUUCCCCCUGGUUUUCGUCAUUCGCAUCCGGGGAAGGUUUGUCGUCUGCGCAAGUCAUUAUAUGGACUCAAACAAGCGCCUCGUUGCUGGUUCAAGAAACUCUCUGAUGCUCUGCUCCGGUUUGGUUUUGAGCAAUCCUAUGACGACUACUCUCUGUUUUCUUAUUCUCACAAGGAUAUUGAACUAUGA